AACAAUUAACAGUUGAAUAACAACUCAAACGACACCGUUUUUCUUUUAACAUCUUCAUCUUAUUGUACUUCUUCUUCUUCUUCUUCUUCUUCCUCAGUUCUUCUUCUUCUUCCAAAACCCUAACCCUCAAACCCAAUCCCCCCAAUGAAGGACCGACCACCUCCACCAUCGUACGGCGCCGUUUACGUUCCUCCUCACCACCGACUUCGCUCUGUCAUAACCUGCCCAAAUUAUACCUCCUCUGCUUCUUUUGGUUCUUCCAACUUCAAGGAAAAUCAGACCGCCGCCAUUACCACUGGUGCUACUUACUUUCAGCCGCAGCAGGACCACUUCCAUAAGCCCAAUUCGCCCUACAUUUCUUCUUACGACGAUGGUGUUUCCGAAGAAGGGUCUGAUCGUGAAUUCGAUUCUUAUUCCCAACCGAAAAAAAACUAUGCUUUGCAGGGUGCCGUUCCUUUUAAUAGUGUUGAACAGUGGAAGAGGAACUUAACUAUUCUUUUAAGAGACAAUGAUAAGCAAGAGUUGAUUUCUAGGGAGAAAAAGGAUAGACGUAACUUUGAGGAAAUAUCUGCUUUGGCGAGCAAAGUGGGACUCUAUAGCCAUCUAUAUGCAAGAGUUCUUGUUGUUAGUAAGAUACCUCUACCAAACUAUAGAUUUGAUCUGGAUGAUAAGCGUCCACAGAGGGAGGUUACUUUGCCUCUUAGCCUACUCAGAAGGGUUGAAUCAUUCGUUAGCAGGUUCCUAUCUCAAAAGUCUUGGAGUAGGGAUAAUAAUUCAGAUGUUUCUUUUUCAAGAUCAAGCAGUAGCUGUAGCAUUGCCACCGAGGAAGGGCUUUUUGAGGCACCUGAACCACUGGCAUCUAGUAAGGGUAUGAUGGAGAAAGUUCUUUGGCGAAGAAGCAUGCAGUUGAGGGAUCAGCAACGAGCUUGGCAGGAAUCUUCUGAAGGCAGAGAUAUGCUGGAGUUUCGUAAAAGUCUUCCUGCUUAUAAGGAGAGGGAUGCAGUGUUAUCAGCUAUUUCACAAAAUCAGGUGAUUAUUAUUUCCGGUGAAACUGGUUGUGGCAAGACCACCCAGAUUCCACAAUUCGUUUUGGAAUCUGAGAUAGAAUCUGGUCACGGGGCUUCUUGUAAUAUUAUAUGUACACAACCUAGGCGAAUAUCUGCUAUGUCAGUGUCUGAAAGAGUUGCUUCAGAAAGAGGGGAACAGUUGGGUGAAUCUGUUGGAUACAAGGUUCGGUUGGAGGGUGUGAAAGGGAGGGACACCCGCCUUCUAUUUUGCACCACUGGCAUCUUGUUGAGAAGAUUACUUGUUGAUAGAAGUUUGAAAGGUGUAAGCCAUGUUAUUGUGGAUGAGAUCCACGAGCGUGGAAUGAAUGAAGAUUUUCUGCUUAUUGUUCUUAAGGAUCUUCUUCCUCGACGACCUGAACUACGCCUCAUUUUGAUGAGCGCAACUCUAGAUGCAGAUCUUUUUGCAUCAUACUUUGGUACUGCCCAGAUUCUUCACAUUCCGGGUUUUACAUACCCAGUUAGAACUCAUUUUCUGGAGGACAUUCUUGAAGGCACGGGUUACAAAUUAACCCCUUACAAUCAAAUUGACGAUUAUGGUCAAGAAAAGAUGUGGAAGAUGAGCAAACAAGCACCGAGAAAAAGGAAAAGUCAAAUUGCUUCUGUUGUUGAGGAUGCACUCAAAGCUGCUGACUUGAAAGAUUACAGUAACCAGACUCGAGAAUCUUUAGCAUGUUGGAAUCCUGAUUGUAUUGGUUUCAAUUUUAUUGAGUAUCUUUUGUGUUAUAUCUGUGAAAACGAAAGGCCUGGAGCUGUUCUAGUUUUUAUGACUGGGUGGGAUGACAUAAAUUCAUUGAAGGAUAAGCUCCUGGCGCAUCCUCUGUUGGGUGAUCAAACUCGAGUUUUGUUGCUCGCAUGCCAUGGCUCUAUGGCUAGUUCUGAACAGAGGUUAAUAUUUGAUGAGCCUGAAGAUGGAGUGAGGAAAAUAGUACUAGCAACAAAUAUUGCAGAGACAAGUAUCACAAUUAACGAUGUUGUUUUUGUACUCGAUUGCGGAAAGGCAAAAGAGACAUCAUAUGAUGCACUGAAUAACACACCUUGUUUACUUCCAUCUUGGAUAUCCAAAGUUUCUGCUCAACAAAGAAGAGGCAGAGCUGGUCGUGUUCAACCUGGAGAAUGCUACCAACUCUAUCCCAGAUGUGUAUAUAAUGCUUUUGUGGAGUAUCAAUUACCCGAAAUUUUGAGGACACCUUUACAGUCUCUUUGUCUCCAAAUAAAAAGUUUAAACCUUGGAAGCAUUUCUGAGUUCUUAUCCAGGGCUUUGCAGUCACCAGAGUUAUUAGCGGUGCAAAAUGCUAUUGAAUAUUUGAAAGUUAUUGGAGCCUUGGACGAGAAUGAAAAUUUGACCGUUUUAGGACGGUAUCUAACGAUGCUUCCCGUGGAGCCAAAACUUGGAAAGAUGCUCUUGUUAGGUGCCAUAUUGAAUUGCCUGGACCCAAUAUUGACUGUUGUUUCUGGCCUCAGUGUCCGAGAUCCUUUCUUAACACCAUUUGACAAGAAGGAUCUUGCAGAGGCUGCAAAAUCUCAGUUCUCAAGAGAUUACAGUGAUCACCUUGCCCUUAUCAGGGCAUACGAGGGAUGGAAAAACGCUGAAAGAGAAUAUGCUGGUUAUGAUUACUGCUGGAAAAACUUUCUCUCAUUACAAUCGAUGAAAGCAAUCGAUUCUCUUAGGAUGGAGUUCUAUUCUCUGUUGAGAGAUACUGGUUUGGUCGACUCCAAUAGCACCAGCUACAGUGCAUGGAGCUAUGAUGAACAUCUCGUUCGAGCUGUCAUAUGCUACGGUCUAUAUCCAGGGGUUUGCUCCGUGGUGCAUAAUGAGAAGUCGUUUUCACUAAAAACCAUGGAGGAUGGCCAGGUGCUUUUAUAUUCGAACUCAGUCAAUUCCCGGGAAGCUAAAAUUCCUUAUCCAUGGCUUGUUUUCAACGAAAAGAUAAAAGUGAACUCUGUAUUCCUCCGGGAUUCAACAGCUGUGAAUGAUUCAAUGCUUCUCUUAUUCGGUGGAAGCAUAUCUAGCGGGGAUAUUGAUGGACACUUGAAAAUGUUGGGAGGAUACCUCGAAUUUUUUAUGAAACCUGCGGUGGCCGAGAUGUAUCAAUGUGUAAGGAGAGAGCUUGAUGAUCUAAUUCAAAGCAAACUACUGAACCCGAGAAUGGCCAUAAACACCCAUCACGAGCUCUUAUCGGCUGUACGGUUGCUGAUUUCUGAGGUCAACUGCGAAGGCAAAUUCGUAUUUGGUCACCAGGUCCUCAAAUCUACUAAGUCAUGCGUUACCACCAGCACACAGCCGGUUGCACCUUCAAGAACCGAAAGUGGACCCGGGGGUGAUAACUCUAAAAGUCAGCUCCAAACGUUACUCACCCGAGCAGGAUACAAUACCCCCACAUACAAAACUAAGCAACUAAGUAACUGUCAGUUCCUAGCAACCGUAGAGUUCAAUGGAAUGCAAAUAGUGGGCCAUCCUUGUACCAACAAAAAGAGCGCCGAGAAAGACGCAGCAGCUGAAGCUCUCCAGUGGCUAAUGGGCGAAACUCGAAAGGGCAACGAGUACAUCAAUCACAUGUCAAUGAUGUUAAAGAAAAGCAAAAAAGAUCAUUACUAGCUUCUUACAACACUCUUUCAUACAAAGGUUUUCGAUAUGAAUGAAUGGUCAUUUGGAUACAUUAAAUCCAUCAAAUGUUCUCCGGGGAGGGGACGAUCGAACUCGGUCGAUGUUGAAGCUGUUGAGGUAUGAAUCUUAUGAACAAACCAAACUCAGGAAAAGAGACAACAUGUCCAUUAAUUGUUUUUGCUGGUUUAGGAAAACAACACAGGAACAAGAAGAAUGGACCAAUUAGGAGACAAGUCAAAGACAUAAUACCAUAAAAACAUUUAACACUGUGCAGUGCUGCUGGGACCAGACAAGUCAAAGUACAUGUGUACACAUUUAUAUAUAUAUAUAAGAAAGAAAAAAAAAACUGUAAAUGGUAUCUCCUUAAACCUUGUUUCUUUAUCCUUAACUCUUAUUAUUGGUCUGUGAUCAUCUUCUUCUUCUUACUUGGCUUUUCUCAGUUUGUAUAUAUUGAACAAAUGGUUAAGACAGUGUUUUGGCCCACUUGGCUCUCUUGAUGGGUGUUAAUUUACUUGCAAUU